AAAUAAUGACGACUAUUGCCACAGUUGUUAUUGAUAUUCUGUAACUCUUUUACCAUGGAAUAUAUAAUUGAAAUAUUUUGUUCUACAUUAAUCUUUGGUUAUUUGUUUUAUAAAUGGGCAAAUAAAAACUUUGAAUGUUUCUCCAAACGCAAUGUAGCACAUGAGAAACCAUUUUUUCUAAUUGGAAACAAUCUUACAGUCUUAGAAGGAAAAGAAACAAGCCCAGAACUGUUAAUAAGACUGCAUAACCAAUUUAAAAAUGAAAAAAUCUAUGGUUACUAUGGUUUCCGUACUCCACAUUUCUUCGUUCGUGAUCCUGAACUUAUUGAAAAAAUCGGAAUCAAAGAUUCCGAAAGUUUUCCUAAUCAUUCCAAAAAUAGAUCAUUGUUGAGCAAUGAAACAAUUGGCAGUAUGCUUCCUGUUUUAAGAGAUGAAAAAUGGCUGGAAAUGAGGAAUAUGUUGGCUCCUGUUUUUGCAGAAAACGAAAUAAGUCAAGUUUUUCAUAUUAUAAGCGAAUGCAACAUAGAAGCUAUUAAAUACCUGAAAAAUAAAACAAAGACUGAUGAAGGGACAGAGAUUGAUUUUGCAGAUUAUUUUAAUCGAUAUGUAAAUGACGUCAUAGCUUCGGCAGCAUUUGGCUUGGAGAUAAAUUCUUACAAAGACGAGGCAAAUGAAUUCUCCAACAUGACGACAGUUCUUUUAAGAACUAGAAGUCUUUGUGCUGCUGUUAAAUCAUUUUACCUAACAGUUUAUCCUCAAGCUCUAAGGAUUUACAGACUCAAUAGAAUCUAUAUAAAGGCCUUAGCAUAUGUAAAACGUUUGAUUGGUAAAUCAAUUCAACCUCAAACUCAAGUUAAAAUAAGUAAUGUAGAAGGUUCGAUUGAGAAUCAGAAGACUACAGGAACAGAAUUCCUCAAUAUUAUCAAAGCACUUUUGAAGAAAUCAAGUUCCGCAAUCAUAUCAGUGGUGUUAACAAUUUUCCCGCAAAUUUCAAUUAUUUUCUCUUUAUUUAGUUUUGUACAAACAAUUCGUAACUAUAUCAGAAGUUUGUUCAAUCCGAAACUAAGAGAACACCAGAUAGAAGAAGUUGCUCAAUAUCAUGAUAUUGAUACCGAUCGACGGAAAAAUAAAAAUCAGUUCUUAUAUAUUAGCAGUGCAAUUUUAAAGAAAAUCGGGAAUUCGAUAAAGUUAUUGAUAUUAACCAUAUUUCCACAAAUUAUAUUGAUAAGCAGGAUAUUUUUUUUAACCAAAGCUGUGUUAAAUUAUUUGAGAGGAAAGACUAUGCGGCAAGAAGUUUUGCUCAAGAACAGAAAAAAGAAGCUGUCAAAGAUGGAAUCAGCUUUAUUGAAAUUCGAAAGGUUUAUCGUAGUUCUGAAGUUGUUGUUUUUGACAUAUCUCCCAAAAAUGUCAAUGAUUUUUAAGUUACAAGCUUUCAAUACAAGAUCUCUAAAUUAUUUGAAAAAUUCAGCUAGACAGACAAUUCACCAACGUCAAAAUGACCACAUUGUUCGCCUUGAUAUGAUUCACCUUAUGAUUGAAGCACGCAAACAAAAAGAAGAGAAAUAUGAAAAUGAUGCUGAAGAGAAAACUACUUUUAUAAGAAACGCGACAAAAUGUACAGAAGACGAGCUUAUUUCUCAGUGCAUUAUGUUUUUGUUUGCGGGAUUGGGACCGAUGAGCAAUAUGUUGUGUGCUACCGUCUACGAACUGAUGAAGAACCCGGAAAUUCAAGAGAAACUAUUUGAAGAAGUUUCAAGAAUUAACAGCGAGCUUGAUGGUGCUGAAGCUUCUUAUGAGAAAAUACAAAAUAUGAAGUACUUGGAUAUGAUUGUUUCUGAGACACUUAGAAAAUGGCCUUCUCAGCCGUUAAUCGACAGGAUUUGUUCUAAGCCUUAUAUUCUGACUAAUUCCGCUGGUGAAGUUGUUGCCGACUUCAAGCCUGAUGACGUUGUUUGUUUUUCUGUUUAUGGAAGCCAUUUUGAUAAGGAGUAUUUUGAAAAUCCUUUCACUUUUGAUCCUGAAAGAUUUAGCGAACAGAAGAAGUCAAGUAUUAGACCUUUAACUUAUUUUCCAUUUGGAGUGGGGGCUCGAAAUUGUUUAGGACAAAAGUUCGGUCUUAUGGUAGUUAAGAUUAUGUUGUAUCACCUUGUGUUGGAGUUCAAAUUCGCCCCUGGACCUAGAUCAAUUCCGGAUCUAUUUGCAUCACAUCGAAAAAUACAAUUAAAACAGUCAGACUUUUAUUGGAUGAAAAUUAUUCCAAGGAUCACUGAACAGGUACCGUUAAGUCCAUGCAAUGAUGAAACAGAAGAGCUUCAAAAUGUCCAUGAAGAAGAAAUAACAAAGCUUUAAAAAAUAAAAAUAUUUGUGCGAAAUAAUACAUUAAACUUUAUUGUUAUACUUUCACCUUUAAUUACUUUUCUCUCGACAAAAUCCCAUGUGUUGAUUCAUGUUAACCUACAUUAUGUGGUUAUUUAUAUUAAAUAUUUAAUAAUAAUAAAACGAACUGUUCAUACC